AUGGCUGGAGCCGCCGGAUGUCUGAAAAGACGGGGUCGUCUUUUCUUCUCUCCUUCGCGGACGAGUUGUGGACACCAGUUCUCUUCACUAUCCCCAUUGACCGCCAGCCUCGUCAGAGAUGGAAAGGGGGGAGCAGAGGUAGGGGAGUGCCAUGUGCCCGUACUGAUUGUUGGUGCCGGCCCUGUGGGUCUUGUCUUGUCACUGUUCCUCUCCAAAUUAGGUAAGCAUCUCCUUGUUCCCAAUUUCCUCCCGCUUCUUUUAAUGUGGUCGCUGGUAAGGUCAGGUCCAGUCUCGGGUUUCGUACGCAGUAGUUGUAUGAUCGGCUUCUCAUGAACGUGAAGCCCACUCAUCGUAGAAGAUCUGAAAUGUGUAAUAAAGAGUUUGAAAUAUGUUUUUGUAUUAAUAAUCAUUGGCAUCUGGAUAGAAUGAAGAGACUCUACAAUCUCUAUACCUUCAAACCAACAAACCUGGUGCCUGAUACCUCUCAUGAUGAUAGUUUUUUUAUCUCUGUGCUGUUGUUAAUCGUCCUCCCCUUCUUCAAUCGAACCCAAUGGCCAAUUUGCGGACACUAUGUAAAUAUCACAUCAGAUCAUGAGGCCUGUAUAAUUAAUUGUCUUAAUAGGAACUAUCGGAAAACAAUCCUCAUAUAUUUUCAAUCCGACAUCCUAAAAGAGCUGACUGGUGGCUUCCCUGUACACGCCCCAGAAUUUUCAAUCCGACAUCCAGAAAUAUGUCACACAUCACAUAUUGUUGUGCCUAAUGCUGCAUGCUUAAUUUUUUUUUUAAUAUAUCGUAGUCCAAUAUUUUUAACGUCUCAUUUAUUGCAUGAGUACUUUAAAUCAAUGUUGAACCGUUAAGUUUUUUCAUACGAGCAUAACUUCUUCAAUUUCAAGUAUUCCUGAUAUCCCACCUUACAUUUGAAAACUUAUUUCAACACUUGGUAUUAUAUUUUCUCCUGUUCUGCUCCAGAGAUGAGCAGUAAACACUUGGCCUGAUGCUGGGUCAUCUAACUUGGAUGAUCUUUAAUCUUUAUCUGUAGGAAUCAAGUGUGCUGUCGUAGAGAAAAGCAUCACAUUCUCUCAGCACCCCCAAGCUCAUUUCAUUAACAAUCGUUCCAUGGAGGUUUUUUUCUAAUCCCCUGAUUAGAUUUCUUCUGGUAAUAAAUCGCUAGGCGAACUAAUGUAGGCAAGGUGAAUGUUCAUACGGGGUGCUUCAUUCUGUUGAUGGAUGUUUCUCAGACCAGUUCUCGGUUGAGGUUGCCGAGUAUCUUCAUGUUGAGAUUAUUUUACGUAACCGCAUAUUCAUCAAAAUUUUAUAAUAUUAUCCAAUUUCUGAAGAAGUAACGUGAAAAUUUUGUAUAAUACAUAUGCGCUUACCUCUUGACCAGAGGCUCCUUUCAGCUGUUCCGGAAAUUGGAUGGACUGGCGGAGGAUAUCCAGGGGCUGCAGCCUCCAAUAGACCAGUGGAGAAAAUUUGUAUACUGCACUUCGUUGUCUGGGACUAUUCUAGGGUCUGUAGACCACAUGAGGCCCCAAGGUACUGCUUAUCCUCAUUGUCAACUGUUUAGGUUUUGAAUUUCACCAUAUGGUACUUAACCUUUGUUUCUCCUCUUCAGAUUUUGAGAAAUUAGUAAGUCCAACAUCCGUUGCUCACUUCUCACAGUACAAAUUGACUAGGCUUCUGGUGAAAAAGCUAGAAAAUGUUGGAUUUCGUGUUUGUGGGUCUGAUGAAUCAGGUCUGAGUGAUGAUAUGGUGUUUGAGAAGAAGAUCUUAAUGGGGCAUGAGUGUACCUCUAUACAUCCUUUUCCACAGGGUGUCAAGGUGGGAGCUUCCUUUUACAACGAUGGCAAAGUGAUGGAGAAGAAAAUCCAUUGCGAAAUCCUUGUUGGGGCGGAUGGAGCGAGGAGUAAUGUCAGGAAAUUGGUUGGUAUAGAGAUGAAAGGCGAAAGGAACCUUCAGAAGCUGAUCAGUGUUCAUUUCCUAAGCAGAGAUCUUGGACAAUUCCUCCUGCAUGAAAGGCCAGGAAUGCUCUUCUUUAUAUUUAAUCCAGAUGCCAUUGGGGUCCUUGUUGCCCAUGAUCUCAGCCAAGGGGAGUUUGUGCUGCAGGUAGACGAUCAUGGGUAUCCAAUUAGGAAUAUUUAUAUGCUAGCUUCACAUUUCUGCCUUUGAUGGAAUCCUGGAGUGAUUCCAACAUGAAUUUGCUUUAUCUAAGUAGACAGAUAUUUCAUCAACUUCAAGCUUUGUUUCCCGCUUGCCUAAUUGAAAUCUUGACUUUCUUUUCUUUGACUAUUGUAUUUUUUGUAGGUGCCGUUCUAUCCUCCUCAGCAGUGUCUUCAGGAUUUCAGCCCAAGGGUAACUUACGAUUCAUCACUAUGUUACUCUCCUAUUAAUUUUUAUUAGGAAUGGUAGCCCGAGAUUUUUGCUUUUGUCACUAUGGAAAGCAUCCGAUUGGAGCCUUUAAUCCCACUAAACGUUCUCUUUUUUCCCUAUCAUCUUCUUUUUUUCUUUUAAGUUUAACAUCCACAGUACAAUAAACGCUGUAUCUGUACAAUCUAAGCUCCAAAUAUUUUUCUCAUUUUUUAUUCGAAGACCUCUUUUUUCUCCUUAGCAGGACCUCAGCUUUAUUUGCUUCAGCCAUGAUUUUUUGCUUCAUUUAACAUUUUUAAUCAAAGUUGAAUGCCCCCAAUGUUACAGAUUUCCUCCUGUACAUUUUUGAAAUUGAACUGUUCCCCUUUGUCUCUUCUACCCUAAAUCCCGUCCUGAUAAUCUACAAUUCCUACUUUUUUUUCAGGUGUGUCAGGAAAUAAUCUGCAACCUAGUUGGCUGCAAGCUUCCAGACGUACAGAUUGUAGACAUAAAGCCAUGGGUGAUGCACGCGGAGGUUGCUGAGAGGUUUGAUGCAUGUGAUGGCCGAGUCAUUCUUGCAGGGGAUGCUGCACACCGUUUCCCUCCAGCUGGCGGCUUCGGUAAGUCCUUUGCUAGAAGCUGCUUUUAUCCAAAUGAGUACCCUUUCUUUCUCCUGAAUUCAUCUGGCAUUCUUAGCAAGCUUCUCAUAAAAAGGUUAACAAGCCUGGCUGAUCCUUGAAAUGGUUUAAAUGAAGAACAUUUAGCUACUGUUGUUGGGCACUAUUGCGAAUUUCUUUUCCAUAGAGGUUGAGAAGUUUCAAAAAGCACUUAUUUUGGGAUAUCUUAUCCUGCAGGGAUGAACACUGGUAUCCAAGAUGCUCAUAAUCUAGCCUGGAAAAUCGCUGCUCUGUUUAAUGGCAUAGCUUCGACUUCUAUACUUCAAACUUAUGAAAUGGAGCGCCGACCUGUAAGCGUCUCUCAGAAUUGUCUCUUUUUUUCCCCCAUUUUGGAUUGAUAUAUCUGGCUAAUGUUCAUGCCUGACUGCUUUCAGAUCGCACUGUUCAAUACGGAACUUAGCAUUCAGAACUUUAGAGCAGCCAUGUCGAUCCCUGCUGCACUUGGCCUAGAUCCAGCUGUUGCAGAUACAGGUUAAACGACGGAAAAACAAAAAAUCACCGUGAAUUUUGCUUAGACUUUAGAAAUUUUGGAAUCCUCCUCUGUUCCUUAUUCGGGUAUGGUGCAUGUCUUCUCUGGCAGUUCAUGAAGCCAUCAACAGCAGCAUUGGCUCUAUCCUACCCUCAGCAGUGCAGAAAAGAGUUAUGGAAGGAAUUUUUGCUAUAGGACGUGCCCAGGUUUCGGAGUCUCUUUUGAACGAAAACAGCCCGCUGAUGUCCUGGAGACUAGCAAAAGUGAGGUCUAUUCUGAAUGAAGGAAAGAGCCUUCAACUCCAGUUCCCCGCUGAAGAUCUUGGCUUCAGGUCUGUAUCUUUUGAGCCCCUACUUCAUAAACUUUGACGUGAGGUAAUAUACUGCUCAAACCGUGCUAACAAACCGUGCUAACAAAUAAUGAAAUUCGGUGGAACAAGGUUACAAGAUCAAGCUUGAUCUCUGUAGAAGAUUUGUUCAAAACACAAUAUAUAUUAAAGUAUGGCCUCUCUUGUCAAAAUUCUUCAUAACCAGAUACUUGGAAGGAGCUAUGGAUAGUAGUGUCUCUGGUAGGAUAAAAGACAAGGAGGAAUCGACCAGUGGAUGUAGAGGAGAGUCGAGAGACUAUGUUCCCUCUUCAGAGCCUGGAUCACGCAUACCACAUAUGCCUGUGAGAUUACUGAACGCAUCUGGCGACAAGGUUUGAUACAUCUGAGUCUCUCGCCUCUUGUUGUGGCUUCCCCUCUUGUCUAAGGGCCGUCUCAUUUGCAGGACAUUCUAUCUACCUUGGAUCUUGUACCUGCGGAUAAACUCGAGUUCCUCCUCAUCAUAGCUCCAGUGAAGGAAUCCUAUGAUCUUGCACUGUCUGCUUUCAGGGUGGCUCGAGACUUCGGAGUGGUGCUCAAGGUUUGCACCAUGUGGCCUCAUGGUUCGUUUGAUGAACACCAGAGUGGAAGUGGCCGGGCGCUGGAGCCAUGGGACAACUACAUGGAUGUAGAGGAAGUUAAGCCCUCGCCGUCAUGGUGGGAGACUUGCCAGAUUACCAGCGAUGGGGCCAUCAUGGUCAGACCUGAUGACCACAUUGCUUGGAGGGCGACCGCCAAAGUGGGCAGUAAUGCCGUUGACGAGAUGAAAAGGGUGUUCUCCCGAAUAUUAGGAAGGAGUAUUGUCUCCGAAUAG